ACAGCGAAGCCUCUUGACAGCCACCGCCACAAGUCUUUCCGCCUCCCCAGCCUGCCUGGGAGUGGAGCUGGGUGAUGGUGGCCUGACCAGCGGUGCAGCUGCGGGAGCCCAUGCCUCUCCCCACCACCGACCUGCCAGGAGCCCCGGGAAACCAGCGCUGCCGACCUGCCAUGCUCGCCCCUCCCAGCGCCCCCGGGGGGCCCAGGCCGGCCUCUCCCCGACCUGUGCUGAGGCUGCACGCCUCUGGCCAGAUGUAGCCGGGAUCCGUCUCCCGUCUCCCCUCCGCUCGCUCGGCCGAUCGUUCCUGCCAUCCCACAGCGGGGCGGGCUGGUCCAAGGCCCGCAGGAUCCCCGAUGCUGCACGGCUCGCUUUCCUGAGAAACCACCGGCACCCAGAGUGGGGGUCAGACCAUCGGGACGGACGUGGGCCCGAGGGAGCCCUGAGGGCCUGGAGGCCGGGCCGCGAUGGCCCCAGCACUGCCCUGGCUCCUGCUGUGGAUGGGCUCGGCAGUGCUGCCCACCCGCUGUGCCCAGCCUGGCAUCCGGCUGCCUCUGCGGAGUGGGCUAGGGGGCACCCCCCUGGGCCUGCGACUGCCCCGGGACACCGAGGAGCCCGACGAGCCUGGCCGGAGGGGCAGCUUCGUGGAGAUGGUGGACAACCUGAGGGGCAAGUCCGGUCAGGGCUACUAUGUGGAGAUGACUGUGGGCAGCCCCCCCCAGACGCUCAACAUCCUGGUGGACACGGGCAGCAGCAACUUCGCAGUGGGGGCCGCGCCCCACCCUUUCCUGCAUCGCUACUACCAGAGGCAGCUGUCCAGCACAUACCGGGACCUCCGCAAGGGCGUGUAUGUGCCCUACACCCAGGGCAAGUGGGAGGGGGAGCUGGGCACUGACCUGGUGAGCAUCCCCCAUGGCCCCAAUGUCACUGUACGUGCCAACAUUGCCGCCAUCACAGAGUCAGACAAGUUCUUCAUCAAUGGCUCCAACUGGGAAGGCAUCCUGGGGCUGGCCUAUGCUGAGAUCGCCAGGCCGGACGACUCCCUGGAGCCUUUCUUUGACUCGCUGGUAAAGCAGACCCACGUGCCCAACCUCUUCUCCCUGCAGCUGUGCGGCACCGGCUUCUCCCCCAACCAGUCGGAAGUGCUGGCCUCAGUUGGAGGGAGCAUGAUCAUUGGGGGUAUUGACCCCUCGCUAUACACGGGCAGCCUCUGGUACACACCCAUCCGACGGGAGUGGUAUUAUGAGGUGAUCAUUGUGCGGGUGGAGAUCAAUGGACAGGAUCUGAAAAUGGACUGCAAGGAGUACAACUAUGAUAAGAGCAUCGUGGACAGUGGCACCACCAACCUUCGCUUGCCCAAGAAAGUGUUUGAAGCUGCAGUCAAGUCCAUCAAGGCAGCCUCCUCGACGGAGAAGUUCCCGGACGGCUUUUGGCUGGGGGAGCAGCUGGUGUGCUGGCAGGCAGGCACCACCCCCUGGAACAUCUUCCCGGUCAUCUCGCUCUACCUGAUGAGUGAGGUCACCAACCAGUCCUUCCGCAUCACCAUCCUUCCACAGCAAUACCUGCGGCCAGUGGAGGAUGUGGCCACAUCCCAAGACGACUGCUACAAGUUCGCCGUCUCCCAGUCGUCCACGGGCACCGUCCUGGGAGCUGUCGUCAUGGAGGGCUUCUACGUGGUCUUUGAUCGGGCGAGAAAGCGGAUCGGCUUUGCUGUCAGCGCUUGCCAUGUGCACGACGAGUUCAGGACGGCGGCGGUGGAAGGCCCGUUUGUCACCCUGGACAUGAUGGACUGUGGCUACAACAUCCCACAGACAGACGAGUCAACCCUCAUGACCAUAGCCUACGUCAUGGCCGCCAUCUGCGCCCUCUUCAUGCUGCCACUCUGCCUCAUGGUGUGCCAGUGGCGCUGCCUCCGCUGCCUGCGCCACCAGCACGAUGACUUUGCUGAUGACAUCUCCCUGCUGAAGUGAGGAGGCCCAUGAGCAGAAGACAGAGCAUCCCCUGGACCAUCUGGGUGGUUGGUUCGACUUGGUCACAAAGAAAGAGAUGGCACCUGUGGCCAGAGCACCUCAGGACCCUUACCCACCCACCAAAUGCCUCUGCUUGACAGAGGAGGAGGAGCUGGCAAGGUGGGUUGCAGGGACUGCACCUGCAGGAAACAGGACAGGGAAGAGACACGCUCUGGUGGCAAGAAUAUGUCACCUCAAACUUGAGUUGGGAAGUUCUGCUGCUUGAAACUUCAGCCCUGAUCUUUGCCCACCAUCCCUUCCAACCCUCCAACCCAAAGCAUUCCUCCUUCCGCAGUUCCAGAGUGGGGACAUCCCACUGGUCACCCCGGGGUGUCUACAGGGCCCAGCCUUGCUUCCCUGCUGGGCCAAGGCAGUAGGAGCAAAUGCACAGUUAGCUUUUGCUUUAGAGAUAGGAACUGUGUCAAUGAGCUUAACAUUGGUGCAAAGACUGCCUCUUGAAUUAAACAAAAAAAUAACCUGA